AUGGCUGAAAGAGCUAAAGAGAUCUUCGACCAGUUUGCGUCGUUCGACCCGGUCAGCAACAAAAAGUUCUUGCUGCUUCCGGAAUUCGUCCUGAUUCUCGCCCCAUUCCCAAAUGACCUUCCUUCCCAGUCCUACUCGUUGCUUUACUUAAUUGCCGACAGAGGCGAUAAGGGCUACGUGGACGAGUCUGAUUUUGUUCAUUUCACCACCACCUUGACCGGCACCGAUGGCGAGUUCAAGUUGUUGUUCAAUCUUUUGGCCAACGACAAGCACAAGUUGUCGUACGCCAGGUGUAUCGACAUGUUGAAUGCUUUGAACAAGGCCAUCGACCCCAACUACCAGCCCAAAAAGCUCAAGUUGAACUGGGCGUACUUGGAGCGUUUCUUUGCGCCCAACGGCGAGAUUGACUUCCAGGAUUUCAUCUCGUUGGUCAACUACCUCCCAGUGACCAAGUUGAUUGGUGGGUUUGAGGUCAGAGCAGGCCGCCUGGGCGUGAUUUCCGAGGACGAGUUCCACCACUUGUUGCAGAGCAACUUGAGCCAUAAGCUCUCGAUCAAGUUGCAGAAGAACUUGGCCUCGUUGCCUGAGUACUUCAACCAGGACAAGUUCACCUUGUCCAACGUGAUGUUCGUGUACAACUGUUUGAACAAGCUUGAUUUGAUAAAUGAGGUCAUUGCCAACACGCCGCCCACCACCAAGGACAAGGCCGACAUUUUGAUCAACAAGAAGGACUUGUACACCCACUUGAACGACCACCUCCUCAAGUCCUCCAACUUCAAGCCCAUCACCACCAAGGAGAUCGACUUGUUGUUCUACUUGAUCGACAAAAACGAAGAAACCAUUCCUCGCCGUGAGUUGAUUUCCUUCUUGAACCCCAACUACCUCAACAACGAGCCCACCUUGUACUCGAUCUUCGACCAUCCUGCCGCUCAGCCUGUUCAGGAGGACAACUUUUCCUUGUGGCCUAUUUUCGACUCGUUGUACUCGUUCUUCUUGGGCUCCAUCGCCGGCUGUAUAGGUGCCACUGUCGUCUACCCAAUUGACUUGGUCAAGACGAGAAUGCAGGCCCAGAAACACAAGGCUCUUUACGACAACUCGCUUGACUGUUUCAAGAAGAUUCUCAAAAAAGAGGGUUUCAAGGGUUUGUACUCCGGUUUGGCUGCCCAGUUGGUCGGUGUCGCUCCUGAAAAGGCUAUCAAGUUGACCGUUAACGACUUGGUUCGUGGUAUCGGUUCCAACGACGACGGUUCUAUUACUAUGGGUUGGGAAAUUUUCGCCGGUUCGUCCGCCGGUGGUUGUCAAGUUAUCUUCACCAACCCAUUGGAAAUCGUCAAGAUCAGAUUGCAAAUGCAGGGUGGUAAAGCCAAGGAAUUGAAGCCCGGUGAGAUUCCACACAAGCGUUUGACUGCUGCUCAGAUUAUCAGACAGCUAGGCCUCAAGGGUCUUUAUAAGGGUGCCAGUGCCUGUUUGUUGAGAGAUGUGCCCUUCUCGGCCAUCUACUUCCCCACGUAUGCCAACAUCAAGUACCACUUGUUCAACUACGAUCCUCAUGAUCCUAACAAGAGACAUUCGCUUAGUACAUGGCAAUUGUUGCUUUCUGGUGCGUUGGCUGGUGCUCCAGCUGCGUUCUUCACCACGCCGGCGGAUGUUGUCAAGACCAGAUUGCAAGUUGAGGCGAAGCACGGUGAAGUCAAGUAUAGAGGUAUCCUCCAUGCUUUCGGUCUCAUCAUAAAAGAGGAGGGUAUUUCUGCUUUCUUCAAGGGUUCGCUUGCUAGAGUGUUCAGAUCAUCGCCACAGUUUGGUUUCACCUUGGCCUCUUACGAGUUGUUACAGAGAUUGUUCCCCUUGCACCCUCCAAACACCAAGGAGUCCAACUUCAGAGCUGUCAGUGGAUACCCUGGUGUUUACAACUUGACCAACGACCAAGUGUACGGCCUGCAGUCUAGAGACAUGUUCUUCAACCAGGAUAAAUUGUUCAAGCAGCACGGCUUGACCAGCCCUAAUAAGGACUUGUCCAACGCCUUGGUGAAGUUGCCUGCUGACUAUGUGUACAAGUCCCUGGACGCUGUGAAGUUGUUGUUGGAUAUCGACUACAAGUUUGGCAAAUUUGACUACAACUCGUACGCUCAAUUCAUCAAACGCUAA